UUUGUAGACCUGGUUCCCUGUUAAGUCAUUCUGAAGUUCUCAAAGGAAAGGAGUCUCUACUUUCAACAAGACACGGUGUUACCAUAUUCACCUAGAUUGAACGAACACAUGAAUGAAUGAAUAUGUUGCCUAGGUUUGAGAUUUGCCUUUUUUGCUCUUGCAGCUUCAGCACCAAAGCGAAGUUGAAAAACUGCAUGUGGUGGAAUUUGUAAUUUGUAAAAGGUGUCAGGGUCCUGGCAAGAAACAGAGUCUAACUUAGAAGAUUCCAGAGACCUUAAGGAAGGGGACACGUAUGGAGGGUGGUUGGGGUUUAACUCACCAACAAGGCCUGUUGAGGCACCGGGACCCUCGCCGCCAAGGGGACUGUUACCACCGUGGACCUGGAGCAGCAGUGGAAGGACAAGGUGUUUCUCUAGGUCUGUGAGAGCAGGAGCCAUGAGAAGGGGCCACAGGGACAGGGUGGGGGGAGGUCAUCCCUGGCCUCUCUCUCAACUCCCUAAUCUCUGUUGUUCAAACCCAGUAGGAAGUCGGCCAGGACGGGGCCUGGCCGUUGGGCCUGCAGCAGUCAGGGCGUGAGGUGAAGGAAGGAGGCCCCGGCUGGCUCCGCCGGGGGAGGAGGGCCGAACAGCAUAACCAGCCCAGAUGGGGCGGGCUAUUUUAGAGCUGCAGAAGAAUGGUGUAUUCCAGCCUCUGAAAGCAAGCUGCCAAAGGGGAAUGGUGUAUUCAAGGAAUCCACGUCCCUGACCUCAUUGGGUCUUGGGUUAGCGUCCACUUUCGGGAACUUCCUUUCAAGACCACUUGGAAUGCCUGCCAGCCGCCAGGACGGCAGGUCCCACAGGUAUGGAUCUCUGGAAGCUGCUGCUGACCUUGGCGGUGGCGGGCUCAAGCGAUGCUUUUCCUGGGAGUGAAGCCAUACCCGCUCUCCUUGACAGAGCAUCCCAGAGUCUUCAAAGAGUUCAUCCAGGCCUCGGGACAAAUUCUUCUGGAAAGCCUAAAUUCACCAAGUGCCGUUCACCCGAACUAGAGACCUUUUCGUGCCACUGGACAGAUGGGGGCCGUCACGGUUUCCAGGGCCCGGGAUUCGUGCAGCUGUUCUACAUUAGAAGGAACACUCAAGAAAGGACUCAAGAAUGGACUCAAGAAUGGAAAGAAUGCCCUGAUUAUGUCUCUGCUGGAGAAAACAGCUGUUACUUCAAUGCAUCCUAUACCUCCAUCUGGACGCCCUACUGCAUCAAGCUCAUGAGCCAUGGUGGUACUGUGGAUCAGAAGUGCUUCUCUGUUGAGGAAAUAGUACAACCAGAUCCACCCACUGGCCUCAACUGGACUUUACUGAACAUCAGUUUGACGGGGAUUCAUGCGGAUAUCCAAGUGAGAUGGGAACCACCGUCCAAUGCAGAUGUUCAGAAAGGAUGGAUAGUCCUGGAGUACGAGCUGCAAUACAAGGAAGUAAAUGAGACCCAGUGGAAAAUGAUGGACCCUGUGUUGUCAACAUCAGUCCCCAUGUACUCGCUGCGCCUGGAUAAGGAGUACGAAGUGCGCGUGCGGUCCAGACAGCGGAACUCUGACAAGUACGGGGAGUUCAGCGACGUGCUCUAUGUAACACUGCCUCAGACGAGCCCACCGGCCUGUGAUGAAGAUUUCCAGUUCCCGUGGUUCUUUCUUAUCAUCUUUGGAUUAUUUGGGCUAACAGUGAUAUUGCUUUUAUUCAUAUUUUCUAAACAGCAAAGGAUUAAGAUGCUGAUUCUGCCUCCAGUUCCUGUUCCAAAGAUUAAAGGAAUUGAUCCAGAUCUCUUCAAGGAAGGAAAAUUAGAAGAGGUGAACACAAUCUUAGCUGUUCAUGACAGCUAUAAACCUGAAUUCUACAAUGAUGACUCUUGGGUUGAAUUCAUUGAGCUGGAUAUUGAUGAUCCCGAUGAAAAGACUGAGGGGUCAGACACAGACAGACUGCUGAGCGAUGACCAUCAGAAAUCACUUCAUAUCCUUGGGGCGAAGGACGACGACUCCGGACGAACCAGCUGUUAUGACCCAGACAUUCUGGAGGCUGAUUUUGAGGCCGGUGACAUGGGCGAUGGUACCUCAGAGGUUGCUCAGCCACAGAGGUUAAAAGGGGAAGCAGAUCUCUUGUGCCUUGACGUGAAGAAUCAAAACAACCCACCUUUCAGCGAUGCUCUCCCUGCUACUCAGGAGCCCAGGGUUAUCCUAGCCCAGGAAAGCAAACCAAGACCGCUUCUUAUCGGUGAGGCUGAGUCGCCUCAUCCAGCUGCCCAUACUCAGCUCAGCAACCCGAGCUCACUGGCCAACAUUGACUUUUACGCCCAGGUUAGCGACAUCACACCAGCAGGGAGUGUGGUCCUGUCCCCGGGCCAAAAGAAUAAGGCAGGGAUAUCCCAGUGUGACACGCACCCGGAAGUGGUCUCCUUCUGCCAAGCAAACUUCAUCAUGGACAACGCCUACUUCUGCGAGGCAGACGCCAAGAAGUGCAUCGCGGCGGCCCCACCCGUGGAGGCCGAUGCACGCGCAGAGCCCAGCUUUAGCCAGGAAGACAUUUACAUCACCACAGAAAGCCUUACCACUACUGCGGGCAGGUCUGGGUCGGCGGAGCAGGCCCCGGGCUCGGAGGCGCCCGUCCCAGACUAUACCUCCAUUCACAUAGUUCAGUCUCCGCAGGGCCUCCUGCUCAACGCCACCGCCCUGCCCUUGCCCGACAAGGAGUUCCUCUCUUCGUGUGGCUAUGUGAGCACAGACCAACUGAACAAACUCAUGCCGUAGCCUUUCUUUGAUUUCCCGUGAGCUAAAUAUUUAAUGGCAAAGAGUGGGCUGGGGCCUGAAUGCUUAAACCAAAACAAUGUUUAAACGUUUUUUGGGC